GCUUUCAUGACACUGUGUGGUGUUUUGUUUUGCAAUUUCACAGUUUCCUUCAAUUAUUAUUCAGACCAAGGCUUCUUACUUCUUCCUCUAAAACCAGUCUUUCCUUUCCUGGUUCUUGGAGGCUUACUAUCCAAACGCAUCCUUUGAUAUGGAUAAUAGCCCCGCACUCCUCAGCCCAAGUCCUCCCUUCCCGCCUCCUCCCAGCCGGAGCUCCGAAUCCGAUGUGCCCUCCGAUCCCGUCCCGGCGACACCACCGGCGAUCAGAGGCAUUCCUCGAGGAAUUGAGCAGCGGCGGCGGUGGGAAUACCGAUAAUGCGGAGGUGAUUUCUGAUAUCAAGUACCGAAAGGAUACCCACGUGAUAGACAUCGGAAGCGAGUGUCCGGUGUGUCUGUCGGAGUUCAACGACGGCGAAGAAGUCCGGCAGCUGAUGUCGUGCAAGCACUUUUUCCACGCUCCUUGUAUCGAUUUAUGGCUGCACUCCCACUCCAAUUGUCCGAUUUGCCGCGCUUCGGUUCCUCUCAAGCCCUCUAAAGUCUCGAUACCUUCCCGCGAGGAAGAUCGCCGGGAGGCUUCGCCGGAUUCAGCCAGAUUGCCGUAACGGAAAACUGGUUCCGGCUUCUUCCCCCUCCUCUUCUUUUUCUUUUUGCUCCUUGUUUGGGAGUUGGGUCUGGGGCUGUUGAAGAGUGAGGAAAUCAGGCCCAAGUUGCCUGAUGCUUUGGCCCAAAGUGAGUUACAAUUGAAAUGGGCCCCAUCUAUAGUUUGGAGCUUUUACUUUAACACACAUAUAUGUACACGGUCUGUUUCAUGCGGUGUGAGUUGAGUGGUACUUUUAAUUUCUAUUUGCCUUGUACUGUCAAUUUGCUAAUAAUUUUGGCGCAUUAGAUCUACUGCA